GAUAUCAAACACGAAACGUAUAACAAUCACAAUCAUGAAACCUAUCAAAAAGGAAGAAGUUAAACAGGAAAUGUUUAGCCAAGAUCCCCUAGAUAGUAGCUACAACAAUGGCUACCAAAAGGAACAUUAUGAAAUGAAUGCUCCUUUUGAUGUAUCACAAGCUAGUUCAUGUGAUUAUUCCAUGUCCCAGUUCAAAGAGGAUGAACCGGCAUUUGUGGCCAAAGAAGAGGCCAGCUAUAAUGAAGACGAUUCUCAAGAAAUGGAUCAAGAUGAAUCACAAGAACAAAACUAUGAUGACAAUAACGAGGAUGAAGAUGAUGAUGAGGAUAUGCCAUUGGCAGCACGUAAAUCCAAACAACAACAUCAAGUGAUUCAAGAGGAAGAAGAUGACGAAGAAGACAUUCCUCUGGCUAAGCGUAAAAUCAAAGCCGAAGAAGAUGAGGAUGAUGAAGAUGUUCCAUUGUUGGCACGUAAAAAACCCAAAAAAGAAAAGUCCAAGGAAAAGAAAAAGAAACGUGUCAAGGAAGAAGAAGACGACUACACCGAAGUUAAACCCAAGAAAUCUAAAAAGACUGCUGCUCCAACGGCUAGCGUGAAAACUGAAACCGCUUCACCCACAAAACGUGUCAAAAAAGAAAAGAAAGCUGAAGAAGAGGAAGAAGUUUGGAGAUGGUGGGAAGAAGAAAAGCGUGAAGAUGGUGUCAAAUGGAAUACAUUGGAACACAAGGGUCCAGUUUUUGCCCCUCCCUAUGAACGUUUGCCGAAAAAUGUACGUUUCUACUAUGAUGGCAGACCAUUGGAGUUGAGCGAAGAAACUGAAGAGGCCGCCACAUUUUACGCCAAGAUGUUGAAUCAUGACUACUGCACAAAGAAAAUAUUCAACGACAACUUCUUCAAGGACUUCCGCAAAACGAUGACUAAAGAGGAAAAGGAUAUCAUUAAAGAUUUUGAUAAGUGCAACUUUGAAGAAAUGCACAGAUUCUUCUUGGCUGAAUCGGAAAAACGCAAGAACGCCACUAAGGAAGAAAAACUAAAGAAAAAGGAAGAAAAUGAGGCCCUUGUCAAGGAAUAUGGUAUUUGUAUUAUCGAUGGACACAAGGAGAAGAUUGGUAAUUUCCGUCUGGAACCUCCUGGUCUGUUUAGAGGUCGUGGUGAACAUCCUAAAAUGGGUAUGAUUAAGCGUCGUAUCCAAGCCGAAGAUGUGUCAAUUAAUUGUGGCAAAGAUUCCAAAAUACCCCAGCCACCUCCUGGUCAUCGUUGGAGAGAAGUUAUACACAACAACACUGUCACUUGGUUGGCAUCUUGGACAGAGAAUGUUCAGGGUCAAGUGAAAUAUAUUAUGUUGAAUCCAUCAUCCAAAUUAAAGGGAGAAAAGGAUCACAUUAAAUAUGAGACUGCCAGACGCUUGGCUAAAUCAAUUGAUACAAUCCGUGAAACAUAUCGCAACGAAUGGAAAUCGAAGGAAAUGCGUGUUAGGCAACGUGCCGUCGCUUUGUAUUUCAUAGAUAAAUUGGCUCUGAGAGCAGGUAACGAAAAGGAUGAAGAUCAAGCCGACACAGUGGGUUGUUGUUCAUUGCGUGUGGAACACGUAACACUGCACAAAGAAUUGAAUGGCAAAGAGAAUGUGGUGGUCUUUGAUUUCCUGGGUAAGGAUUCUAUACGCUACUACAAUGAGGUUGAGGUGGAAAAGCGAGUGUUUAAAAAUCUGGAACUUUUUAUGGAGAACAAGAAAACUGGUGACGAUUUGUUUGAUCGUCUAAAUACACAAGUGCUAAAUGAACAUUUGAAGGAACUUAUGGAAGGUCUCACUGCCAAAGUGUUCCGUACCUACAAUGCUUCAGUUACAUUACAAAAUCAAUUGGAUCUGUUGACACAAGACGACAUGACCAUACCUGAAAAACUAUUGGCCUACAAUCGAGCUAACCGUGCUGUGGCUAUCCUAUGUAACCAUCAACGUUCCGUGCCCAAGAGCCACGAAAAAUCCAUGGAAAAUCUCAAAGAGAAAAUCAGACAAAAACGUGAACAAUUGGAUGAUGCCGAAAAUGAAUAUGAGGACCUUAAGAGAGCUGCUAGAAAAGGUUCGGUCCGAGAGAGAGUCAUUGCCGACAAGAAGUUCAAACAAAUUGAACGCCUUAAGGAACAACUAAAGAAAAUGGAGUUACAAGAGACUGACAGAGAUGAAAAUAAAACAAUUGCUUUGGGCACGUCCAAAUUGAAUUAUUUGGAUCCACGUAUUUCGGUGGCUUGGUGCAAGAAGAAUAAAGUUCCAAUUGAGAAAAUCUUUAACAAAACACAACGGAACAAAUUCAUGUGGGCUAUUCACAUGGCUGAUGAAAACUAUCGCUUCUAAAUCCAAGUUAGUAGAAGAGAAAAAGAAGACGAUAUGCAGCAACUAUGCAGCUAACAUCAAAUUAAAAUGUUUUAUAUAUAAGUCGUAUAUAUAAAUAGUAAACAAAUAUGAAUAAUCCCUUCUCAAGCAAAACAAAGAGAAAGCCCACCCAAAAAAAUAACAACAAAAGUAGGUUACAUGCAAUACUAUACAUACCAGUAUGGUGUAAAAAAGAAACACAACCUUCAACUCAAAACAAACAAAAAAAAAAAAAUAUUUAUUGAAAAGGUCAAUAUUAUUAUGAUUUUAUGAAGAAUUUAACAAUCCAAAAUGAAAGAUAAUUAUAGUGUUCAACAUCAUAUAGUUAUAGAAAAACAAGACAUUUAUGUUUUGUUUUCAAACUGAAUUUUGAUGAAUAUUUGAAAAAAUUAAGUUUUUAUUCGAUUCUAAUUCAGUUAUUUUGAUUAGAUGAUGAGUUGUGUCAGAUUCUUAGCAAAUUAUUUGGAAAUAGUUGUGGAACUAUUUCAACAUUUCUAAAGAAAAUUGUAAUAACUAUGAAAAUGUUUUAUAAGAAAUUACGUUGGUUAUGCAAAUUGCAUAUCUUUGUUUUGUGUCCCCCCCAAACACACACACAUACAGUUUUUGCUAUAAAAUAAUUCAAGUUAUUUUGCUUCUUUGCUAUAGGUUUAUUUUCGAAAUAUUGAAACCACAUAUGAGGUUUCUUAACCACCACACACAUCCCCCAAACACAGAGAAAUAUUCUUAUGGCAAAGUUAUUUUAAUUUAUAUUUAUAGUUUAAUUUUAUUUAAACAUUUUUAGAACAUUACAUGCAGCAAAACGGUAACAAGUUCAUAAAAUUAUGUCAUACAUAAAAAGAUCUUGUUAAAAAAUAUUAAUCAAGAUAAAUUGAUUAUGAUCCUUUAACUAUAAGUUAUAUAUAAAUAUUAAUUAUAAUUUUAAACAAUUUUAUUGAAACAUUUUUUGUGCAUAAGUAAUUUAGUUAAAAUGAAAACUUGCAAUAACUUUUGAACGGGACCCCCUCCCUAACCAAUUACAAGACAAGAACAGAUAAAAUCCAACAAAUUUAUAUAUUCUCUUUCAACUCCCAAUUGAAUGCUUUAAGAAAUUAUAAAGAGUUUAGUUUUAAUUUUUUUCUUCAUUUUUUACAUUUUAAGUUUUUUUUUUUCUUCUUUAAUAUUUAAUUAUUUGUAUUAUUUUCCUUACUUUCAUCUAAAAAUCAUACACUGUGCAAUUAUUUUUUUAAUGGAAAAACUAAAAAAUAUGAAAAAAUUCUUAUGUUUAUGAUCCUCCCUCCCCAUUUAAAUACCUACCUACCUACCUAUAUUAUUUAAAUAAAAAUUUAGUUUGUGCUUAAAACACACAAAAUAUAUGAAAUUAUAAACCAAUCAACUUUUCCCCACCACCCACCCCCCAACCAUCCCUUAUACGCAAUUUAGUAUCAAUUUUUUGCCUUUGUUUAUUAUUUUGAAUAUAUUUCAACUUUAAACUAUUUUCUUUUUGGUAGGAAAAGUGAUGAAAACAAAAACAUAAUGUUCUCUCUUUGCAACAAACCACAAUUAUUAAGCAUUAGAGUUAGAAUAAAGCCACAACUUUAUAUAUAUGAAAACAAAAAAACAACAACAAAAUAUAUAAGAAUUAGAAAAAAUAUUUUUUCUUUUAAUUUUCUUUUAUAUUUUUAAGUGAUACAACUACUGAUAUUUUAAUAAAAAAAAAAAAAAUAAUAAUUUGAAUUAAUUCAGAUUAUCUUAUCCAUAUACACAAAACAAA